AGGCAGCCGUUGAGAGCUCAAAACUUGUUCGGUGAAGCCAUGGGAUCUUUGAAACUGUUUUUGAGCCUUGUGAGCCUUGGAGUGGCUAUUGAUCAGAAUGAACUAGCCCAGUGGGUGCAGUCGGCUUAUGGACUAAAUCUGAGUCCUUCGGAUGCUCAACAAGUAGCGGUGAAGGAAGCACCGGUGUUGACUCAAUGCGACGUGAGCAUCAAUGACCUCAAAAAUUUGAAGGAUACCAUGUAUCAGACCUCAUUGUUAGACCUUCCUAUGGACACGGUGAAGACCAGCAUUUUUGAUCUGGCCGAGCAGCACGUUGAUGUCAACGAGCUGAAAGAGAUGUGGAAGGUUUUGUUCAGUGUGUCUGGAGUUGACCUCACCAAGAAAGAUGCUCAGACCCGUACCAUUGAACUUGUGAAGGCUUAUGCUGAGUCCAACCAGGUGCUGGAGCUUUUCAAGAAUCUCUAUUCCAUGAGCGGCGUGAAUCUCAUGAAAUCGGAAGCCCAAGCUAAGAGCCUUGAGCUGGGAAAGCUGGGUUGUGAUCCUGUGGCCUUGUUGAACUCCUUCAAGGCAGCGCAGGGGAGCACUACACAGCGAUUGGAUCAGGCGACUGAUUCUGCAAUUCGGGCCAACCUGAAUGGAGAGGCAAGGCGCUAUGCAAAGGAUGGAACCAUUUACAAUGCCAAGGAGUUUCAAGACUACUAUCACGCUGAUUACAAGAAGGAGUGGGCGAAUGGAGUCUUGGAAAUGAAGAUCGCACCGGAUGGCAAGGCCUACACCGCAAGCCACUUCCGCAUCUACUUCGGUGGAGCUUGGGAGGAGAAAUGGCAUUCGGCCGCUCCAGCCACCCAACAGCGCUUGGCGGAAGAUGGCAAGGUGUACAGCUUGUCAGAGUUCGUUGACUUUUACAAGGAUGAUUGGCAAGCCAAAUGGAAAGCUGCUCCAGAGUUGCCUUGCAAGGAAUGCCGUUCACAACUUCAGAUGGUGGUUUGAAAAGCUAAGCGAGUUUGUUGCGUACUUGGCGCAGCUCAAGCUGAGGGGCUUGGGACACCAUCCCUUGUUUGACCUUUGAGCGUUGGAAUUUCUUUUGCGCUGGACAAAAGGCUGAUUGUAGACGCCGGACGCGUGAUUUGUAUAUAUAUAUAUAGAUGAUAUAUAUAUAUAAUUCACUGCGGCCUCUUCCUUGUGCAGGGUGACGUAUCGCGAAGCCGUAUGGCAGAGUCAAACUGUGGCAAUGAGAACCGG